GUUGUCCUCUCGUUCAGUUUUUGGAGCGUAGAGAGAGUGAAGAGGGUAGGUACUUGCUUACCUGUUGGGAUACCGAGUAUCACUACCAUAUUUUUGGAUUAGCUUGAUUCUCACUAUAUUCCCGGUCCAGCCAUGGAUAUAAACGAGGCGUCGUGGAGGGAAAGCUGGUCUUUAAAUCUCUUUUUUCUUCCCAAAGGCUUCUUUUGAUUUUAAGCGCUGCCCCAUAGCAGGACUGGACGGUGUUUUUAACACACCUGACUGCUAUAAAAGAGCGUAUUUCUCAGUUUUCUUGCAGCCGACUAUUUUAAUUGCUCGUUCGAGUUUUGUUAUUUACACUUUUUUUGGGGGGAGGUGGGGAAGUUUUGGCUCCCUUGGACAGCGGAGGCGUUUGGAGAAGUCAGGACUGACCACUGGAGCUGGUCCUGAAAAAUGGAGGCUGUUAUCGAGAAGGAAUGUAGCGCUCUUGGAGGACUCUUCCAGACAGUCAUUGGAGACAUGAAAAGCAGCUGCCCUAUCUGGGAAGAUUUUAUCACCAAAGCUGGAAAACUGCAGUCGCAGCUCAGGGCGACUGCGGUGGCUGUGGCUGUCUUCCUAGAUGCUUUCCAGAAAGUGGCCGACCUGGCCACCAACUCAAGAGGUGGGACCAGAGACAUCGGGUCGGCGCUGACCAGGAUGUGCAUGAGGCAUCGCAGCAUAGAGGCUAAACUCAAACAGUUCUCACUAUGCUUCCAGGAGAAUUUGAUCAACCCUCUCCAGGAACAAAUGGAGGAGUGGAAAAGGGGUGUCAACGCUUUAGACAAAGACCAUGCAAAAGAGUAUAAACGAGCUCGACAGGAAAUCAAGAAGAAGUCCUCAGACACGCUUAAACUUCAGAAAAAAGCGAAGAAAGCAGACAAUCAUGGCCGCGGUGACUUCCAGCCCCAGCUGAACAGUGCCAUGCAGGAUGUGAGCGAUAAAUACAUCCUCCUGGAAGAAACAGAGAAACAAGCUUUGAGGAAGGCUCUGAUUGAGGAGAGACAAAGGUUUUGCUUUUUUGUGGCUUUGCUGCAGCCUGUAGUGGAUGAAGAGACCUCCAUGUUGGCAGAAGUUACCCACCUCCAGACCAUCUCUGAGGACCUCAGGGCCUUGACCUCUGACCCACACAAGCUUCCCCCUGCUAGUGAACAGGUGAUCUCAGACCUGAAGGGCUCAGACUAUGGUUGGUCGUAUCAAACGCCUCCUUCUUCUCCCAGUACUACCAUGUCCAGAAAAUCUAGCAUGUGCAGUAGUCUAAACAGCGUUAACAGUAGUGACUCCAGGGGUUCCGGUGGCUCUCACUCUCACUCUCCUUCCUCCUCUUCUUCCUCCUCUUCCUCACAUCACCUCUUUCACCAUCAUCAUCCCUGCCAUCGAUACCGCAGCUCCACGUUACCCCUGCAGGCCCCGGCUCGGCUCUCUAGCAUCUCUUCCCACGACUCUGGCUUCAUUUCUUCAUCGCAGGACCAAAAUGCUUCUUCCAAAUCGUCUUCACCGAUGCCAGCUGAAACAAAGCCUUGUCCCACUUCCAGCUCCUCUGAGACGUCAGAGACUGGGCAGCUUGAUGGUGACUGCAGCAAUGCCUGCUCUCUCUCUGCCACUUCGCUUCAGAGUGCUUCUCACAAGUUGUCAAACGGUUUCGACCACUACAGCCCAGCCAGUCCCUCCCACCUGCAUAGCAACGGGGGCAGUUUGAGCCCAGUUUCAGGCACCGCCUUCCCAUUCUUCCCUCCAUCCUCUCCCUCCUCCUCCUCCUGCCCCACUCGUUCCUGGUCUCGCCCGGCCUCAGCCUUGCUGCCUGACUAUCCCAACUACUGCACAUUGGGUUCUCCGAUGGUACCUUCAUCAAAAGUCCCCAGCUGGAAGGACUGGGCGAAGCCAGGGCCUUACGACCAGCCAAUGGUCAACACUCUGAGGAGGAGGAAAGACAAGGAGAGUCCAGCUGUGGUGGACAAUGGCAGCAUAAAUGGUAACAGCAUGCCUUCAGGCCAGACAUCGAUCUCUGCACCUCCCUCUGCUCAGACACAAACACCAAGCCAGCAGGAAGAGAAGAGCAGGAUCCUGAAGGCUGAUGAUCUAGAGGCCCAAAGUGAACUGGCCUUGGCCUUAUCCAGGGGUCUGGAGCUGGACACCCAGAGAUCAAACAGAGACUCCAUCCAGUGCUCCAGCGGCUACAGCACUCAGACCAACACACCCUGCUGCUCUGAAGACACCAUACCAUCACAAAUUUCAGAUUAUGACUACUUCUCUAUGGCUGGAGACCAGGAGCCUGAGCAGGAACAGCAGCAGCCGUCCGACUUUGACAAGUCCUCCACUAUCCCCAGAAACAGUGACAUCGGUCAGUCCUACAGACGCAUGUUCCAGACCAAGCGUCCUGCCUCCACAGCCGGUAUGCCCAGCACGCAGCCUCCCUAUCCUGGACAGGGGAACUACCAUCCUGCCACACCAGUCCACACAGGAUCCUAUCCUCCUGCUGGGCCGUAUACUGCCGCUUCCACUGCAGGUCACGGUCCAGUUAUCGUCACCCCUGGCGUUGCCACAAUCCGCCGCACGCCCUCCUCCAAACCCUGCGCCCGUCGCUCAGGCUCUGUGGGCGGAGGACCCAUUCCUAUUCGUACUCCGGUGGUUCCUGUGAAAAUCCCCACGGUGCCUGACGUGUCAGGAACAAUCAAUGGGAGCAGGAGUCCAGAGGAGAUCGGACGAGGAGAGGAGAGCUUGCAUUCCCCAACAUUCGCACAACCAGCAGAAGCUGGCAGCCUUCCUACUACUUCCUGGAGCGGCCAGGCCUCCACCAACCCUCCGACCUUUCCCCUGCCCAGCCAGGCGGUCCAGCAGUACCAGGGAGGGGGCGAGGAUGCUGACGAGCAAGAUGAAGGAAACAUGCUGGUGGCUAUCCGUAAGGGGGUCAAGCUGAAAAGGACCCUGACCAACGAUCGUUCAGCUCCACGCAUCGCCUGACGACAUCAUCCUGUUGGAGAGCUGCAGUCACUAGAAACCUGAUCCUUUCUGGCAGAUUUCCACUGAAAAAAAUAUCUGUGAAUCUGGUGAAAAGCUUUAAAAAGGAAAAAAAAAGCUUUCUGUGUUAAUAGGAGGCACCAGAUGACAACCACUCUGAGACAUUUGACAUUGACUCAGUUAAAUUAUUCUGAGGUUGUUUUUGUAGUCAUCCAGCUCUGGAUCAGAGUGCCCCCUUGUGGUUGUUUCUAUAUUAAAUUGAUAUAUAUAUAUACAUACAUAUCACAAGCAAUAAGAGAGCACUAACAUCUCAGACAUUGAAGAUCUGAACCAAAACACUUAUUAUUUCUGCAGGGUUAAGGUAUUGUUGUGUUUAAACUGUGUGGAAUGUUAGAAUAAGCUCCUGUGAAUAUUUUCUCUAAAAGAAAACAAAACCUUCAGCUUGUUAUAUAUCAGAGUGAAAUAACCACUGUCUGACACCAUCAAAGGAAGACCAACCGUCUCAUAUUUUGGUGCCUUUGCAGAAGUCAUUAGUUGGAGCACAAAGAGUGCAAUAUUUAGGUUCUAUUAAAGGUACCUUAGUGGCUGAUUGACACAAAGCUGUCCUUCACAGCUCAGAGACAUAAGCACAGCACAAUCCACAGGAUCACAUGUCUGAGUUGCUUUGUAUAGCUUAAAGAAGUAGUGCAGAUAGAAGUCGGCGGAUUUGUUCUGAAAUAUUUGCUCACUUUAGUUGUUUUUUUUUUUUUAUAAUUUGUAAAUAAUUUAGCAAAUCUCAGCAGAGGAUGAGUGUGUUGGUUUUUUACUUUCUUUGCAUACCUGUUGUUCUACUUCAUCUUGUCAACCUCAGUUUCAGAACUUUAGAAAGAUGUAAUUAUCAUGACCCGUCCCUGCAUCAAUAUGGUUUCCUGUUAAAUUCUACCCCAUGUUUCGGAUUUCUAAUUUGUUUAUUCUGGAAUGAGAUAUGUUAAAUAGAUUUGUUGGUUUUAUUAAUUUACUCUCUAUUAGAGCAGAGUAUCAAUGUGCCAUAUCAAGAUACCACAGUAAUAGAAAUCUCAACUGAGACAAAUUAUUUUUGAUGUAAAGAUUCUGUAGGCCAGGUUUAUGGGAGUAACAAGGAUGUAUUUCUGCUUACAUCCACUAAGUACAAAUAUAAUUUCCCUUAAAAUGAAGAUAUCACAAAAAUAUAUGAUUUAUAAACCAUAAGUAACCUUUUAGUUGUUGUUUUAUAUAAACUAUGACAGGAUGAUGGGAUAUGAGAUUAAUCCUCAUACAUCAGCAUUAGAAUAUAAGCUAAAGAGGCUAAUUAGUGCUACUAGGUCUAUAAUUGAUUUGCAUUUCAGUUCAAGCACUGUGAGAGCAUGGCUACUACAAGAUGUAUGAAAAUGUAAAUAAUUUUCACCGUUGGUCAGUCCAGGAGCUCAAACACACACAACACGUUUAAUUUAUUUUCUUUUUUCAGUGUUUUAAUUUUGUCUGGGUUCUCAUUUAUUACUACUUUGUCCUUUAAAAGAUCAAAGAGACAAAGUUGCUUGUUAGUUUUCAGUGUAAAAAGAUGUAAAACAGAUCAGAGUUUAGUGUGCAUCAGUAUUAGAAGUUCAAACUUCAUGAUUGUGCACAGCAUUAUUGUAAAUGUUCCUCUGAGUCGGUACAGAUGUCUAUUGGUUUAGUUUAUUUGCUUGUACAGUUGUUUUUGGCAUGGCUGAACAUUGGACUGAAACCAUUAUAUGAACCAACAUGACAGCUGUUUCCUGAAGGCAGUUUCAUUUUGAUAGGUCCACUUUCUUUUCUGUUUAAAUGUCUAUACUAUGAACUUGUUAUUCCCAUAAUAAAAUUAUUAGAAUAAAUAUAUGAUAUAUAUAUAUAUAACCUAUGAGUAAGAAGUUUAUAGUUUGUAAAAUUCUAAACACACAGUUUAACCUGUGAUGUAGUUUAGUUUUUAGCUCAUUUUCUCCCAGUGGAGAGUUGACCUCUUCCUGCCUGUAUAGUUCAAGCUUCGAUGCAGUUUAUUUUACCAGAUAAAAGUGAUAAUUUUAGAAAUAUAAUAAAAAAGUGUAAUUAACCUA